CCUUGUCCGCUGAGCCCCGCGCGCCACUAGCUCGCUGAGAGGGAGGAGGAAGCAGCGAGUUCCGGAGCCCUCCCUAGCCCGGCCCAACCUUUGCUCCAGAGAUCAUGGCUGCCGAGGAUGUGGCGGCCACCGGCGCCGACCCGAGCGAGCUGGAGGGUGGCGGGCUGCUGCACGAGAUUUUCACGUCGCCGCUCAACCUGCUGCUGCUCGGCCUCUGCGUCUUCCUGCUGUACAAGAUCGUGCGCGGGGACCAGCCGGCGGCCAGCAGCGAUAGCGACGACGACGAGCCGCCCCCGCUGCCCCGCCUUAAGCGGCGCGACUUCACCCCUGCCGAACUGCGGCGCUUCGACGGCGUCCAGGACCCGCGCAUACUCAUGGCCAUCAACGGCAAGGUGUUCGACGUGACCAAAGGCCGCAAGUUCUACGGGCCCGGUAACGGCGGCCGCCCAGGGGACGCGGAGACAAAAGAAGGGGCCCCGGCCGGGGGAGGCGAGGGGGAGCGGGGCGCCCCCGAGGGGAGGAAUGGCGGCUCCCCGGCGGCAGCGG